AUGAGCCAAGAAGGUGUCAUUUGUGUUGGUGGUCGACUGAAGUAUGCACCAAUACCUGAAGAAGCAAAGCAUCAGAUGUUGUUACCCAAGCUUCAUCCAGUCUCCACCUGUAUCGUUGGAUUCUACCAUGAGCUCUCCUGUCACGUCUUGUCUCUGGUCCGUCAGAAGUUUUGGAUAAUCGAUGGGAGACGAGUCGCUGCCAAGGUGGGAAAUGACUGCAUGCUAUGCAGAAAACUGAGAGCAUCGCUGCAGAAACCGAUGAUGGCAGACCUGCCCUGGGAUAGGGUCACCCCUGACAAGCCACCGUGGACCUACGUUGGAGUUGACUGCUUUGGUCCAUUCAGCGUCAAGAAUGGCCGAAGCAUUCAGAAAAGGUACGGAUGCAUUUUCACUUGUCUAUGUCUCCGGGCUAUACAUCUCGAGGUCCUUGCUUCAAUGGAUACAGAUUCCUUCCUUAAUGCUAUGCAACGCUUCAUUGCCCGCCGCGGGAAACCUGCCCGAGAACGGUCAGAUAACGGCUCGAACUUCUCGGCCGGAGAAAGAGAGAUGCGUCGAUCAGUAAAGGAAUGGAAUCAGCAUCAGAUUGAGACAUUUCUGCAACAACGUGAUAUUGAGUGGCAGUUCAACACCCCCACAGCGUCCCACAUGGGGGGAGUAUGGGAACGUCAGAUACGUUCCGUCCGGAAUGUUCUCCAAGUCAUCAUGAUCGAGCAGACAGUUACCGAUGAACAGCUAACCACGACAUUCUGUUCAGUCGAAGCCAUCAUCAAUGGGCGUCCACUCAUUCCACUAUCAGAAGACCCCACAGAUCUCGAGCCAAUUACGCCAAACCAUCUGCUACUACUCAUGUCGGGUCCCUAUCUACCCCCUGGUAGGUUCGUAAGGUAA